GUGCGUCGGUGUUGCCGGAUCCCCAGGUCGCAGCAGCUACGAGUUUUGGGUCAGACUCGAAUUAUGAUUUGAAGCCGACUCCUUCCGGAAACAUUCAUUAGGAACACGUUCCACAUUUUUCCACAUUUUUGAUACCUUAACAAAAUGGAUUCAAAACGCGCGGCCCUUGAAUCCGGCGACGGUCCGGAUGCCAAGCGCCUCGAUACCACCGAGGAUCGGGACAAAGAAGAGUCGGGGGGCGACGGCAGUCAGGUUAUAUUGGCCAAACACAUAGCACCCUUCGCGGGCCACGGAUGCACUCCACCGAAUGAGUCCUAUAUGUUCGAACCGACUCCCGAAGGAAGCCAACUUCUGCCGUGGAAAGCUAGCGUGGAUUUGGACAUCGACGCCGAGCUCGAGAAGAGCACCAGUGACAAGAAACGUAAGUUGAUAGUACGUUCACGUGCUAGUACUCUUAUACAACAAUUUCAUUCAGCCGACACUGCCAAGUUGUCCCGUCGGGAGCUGGCCAAAAUGCGUCGUGAGCACACAUUACGGGCCCUCGCCCUGGAACGCGAGUUGACGAACAAACCGGGCCAGACACCCGCUUCCGAGGUGUUGCUCAUCCGCUUUCCUGAUCCCGAGAUUACUGCUCCCAUGCUGGCAGGACUGUCCAAGGAGAUUCGGGAUGUGGUCUUGCCCAUCAGUGUGGCUCCACGAUACUGUCUAGUGCAUCUAAAGGCCGGGGCCGAUGUGGAGGCCACCAUCUGCGACAUAAACAGGGUGCGCUUCGGUACGGGGCACCUUCGGGCGGAGCUUAAGCCGUUCUCCGAUGAGGAGCAAGCCGAGUUCAUUGAUCCCUGUUCUCUGUAUGUGGGCAACAUACCGUUCAACAUGACCACAUCGGCCAUCAAGGCCUACUUCGCCAACGCCAUGCGCGUGGACAUCGGAGUGCUGAAGCGCGAGAAGCGCGCUCGCUACGCCUUUGUGCGCUACGCCUCACCUGACCAGACCAUGGAAGCGUUCAAGGAGCUGGUCGACUCACCGCUGAACAGCCGCACUCUCACAGUCCGCUACCGGCGACUCCGGAAGCGCGCCGGGAUGCCCAUGGUGCAGUGCGCCACCUCCUUUCAGGGUCUGCAAUCGCCACAUGGAGACGACGACAACACCGACUGCAAGGUCAUAUCUCCGCCGCCGGUGGAGUCUAUCAUAAUUAGCGACAGCGAUAACUGCUCAGAUUCCAGUGGUAACGGCAAGGACGACGGCAAGCGCAAGAACAAGAUUAACGAACAGGAAAGAGAGAUUGAAAAGCUCAAGCGUCAAAUGGUCGAGUACGGCGCUAUUAUAAAAAGUUUGCAAUUCAGACAGAACAGCUUAGAAGAUACAUUUAUACCUGACCUUACCCCGAAAGUAGAGUCGAGCGUGAAUCCCACUGGUUGUUUGCUAGGAUCCAAUGCGGUGCACCUAAUGCGUGACAUUAAGAAAGAGUGCGACUACUUGGGCAUCCCUGAUCCCGUACCGGCUACCAAGCCGACAACACAAGCUCAAGAUGACAGCCAGAAGAAAGCCAAAAGAUCCUGUUUUGGUCGCUUGUUUACGGGUCCUUUCAGACGAGGCACUAGUGCGAUGAAGACUGCUGACGAGUACGAGAAGGAUGACAGACUUGAGGAGCUCUAUGCUCAACUGGAACGCGAUCCUGAUCCUUAAUCUGUCAUGCUACAGUGUACCAAAUUGCUCGUCGUAGACGACUAAGAAUAAUAGUUUAGUUUAUUUUUUAUUGGA